CUCGGCGCCGCGCGGCUGCUCCUGCUCCUGCUCCUGCUCCUGCUCCUGGGCCCCGCCGGCCGCCGCGCCGCAGGGGCGCCCGUGGUCGCCGAGCUGCGCUGCCAGUGCUUGCAGACCUUGCAGGGCAUCCACCUCAGGAACAUCCAGAACGUCCAGGUGACGCCCUCGGGCCCCCACUGCGCCCGAACCGAGGUCGUAGCCACUCUCAAGGACGGACGGGAGGUGUGUCUCAACCCCGAGGCCCCGCUGGUCAAGAGAAUGAUCCAGAAGAUGCUGAGCAACUCCAACUAACCAGAGGAAGGAGGAAGCUGAUGGGUGGCUGUACCUGAGUCAGGCCCUGCCCUUAAAGGAAUCAAAGAGGAAAAGUGGAAUCUUCGGCUCCCAGUGCCAUCUGAAUUGGGCUGCAUAUGUUUGAGCAUCUCCUAGGAGAGUUCUGCUAUGUAUUUAUUUAUUUAUUUAUCUGUUGGUAGGUUGGUUUCCAAGGAUUUCUGUGUUAACAUUUUACAUAUGAAAUAGUGAGGAUGUAAUUGAAUCCAUUUGUGCACCAUACCGUUAUUUUUUAUUAUUUUACGUUAAACCCAACCUAGUUCAAUCCUGAUGCUUAUUUAAUUUGAAGGUAGAAGGUUUGCAAAUAUUCUCCAGUUAUUAAAUGAAUACUUGUGAGGGGCCCACAGCAUGCCAGCCACUGUGACUGAAGCUGGGGAGAGGGGUUCAAGCAAAUAGAGAGUGAGGUCAUCGUGAGGUUGGGGAAUAUAUGUAUACCUCUAUUUUUAUGAUUGUUUAAAAGAGUGUCAGCUAUUAUUUAUAGAAAUAAUUUCACAGCAUGUGGUCAACAUUUCUCCUGUUGAAGCUUUAGGAACUACAGUGUUCUAAAUAUCCUUUGGACAUUCUAUGUCUUUCUUGUAAGGCACAAUGCCUUAUUUAGUGUUGAUUAUGCAUUAUUUCUGCAUAUCUUACAACAGAGAGGUUGAAACAUUUAUUGUUGUUUUUACAAAGAACUUGAAAAUAAAGUAUUUCAAUGUAAAAAAAA